AUGGUGGCCGAGAACAAUGCGCCCGAGAGGCCCAGCGGCGAUCUGCACCCUGCCUCUGCAGAUGCGAGCAGCAAACCGGUCUCUGCUUCAAGUUCCGCCGCAAAGCCAGAAUCGACGACUGAUGCAAACACUCCCGGUCCAGACCGUCGUGGCGGUCAAAACAAGCAGCGCAACCGGAACUUCGACCCCAGCAAGCGCGGCGGGCGAGGUGGUCGGGGUGGUCGGGGUGACAAGCGCAAGACCUUCACCCACGAACCUCUAGACAGGAGGCAGCGAAACAACGAAUGGCAAGAUCAAAAGCGUAGGAAGAUCGAUGAAAAUGGAGAGUCCGUCUCUACCGUCGCGGCCGGCGAGCCCAGCUUUAUGAGCAUACAAUUCCCCGAAGCCGAGAUCACCGCCGAAGAGCGCAGACCGAAGCGCAAGGUCGCCGUCAUGAUCGGUUACGCUGGUACAGGAUACCAUGGACUCCAGAUCAACCACAAGGACAAGACAAUCGAGGGCGAUAUCUUCGCCGCCUUUGUCGCCGCCAAGGCCAUAUCGAAGGCCAACGCCAACGAUCCCCGAAAGUCCAGCUUUGUGCGAUGUGCGAGGACUGACAAAGGCGUCCACGCGGCGGGAAACAUGCUCUCCCUGAAGUUGAUCAUCGAGGACCCGGACAUAGUCAAGAAGAUCAACGACGAGCUGCCGCCGCAAAUCCGCGUGUGGGGUAUCCAGAGAACAAACAAUGCUUUCAGCUGCUACCAAUCUUGUGACUCCCGAUGGUACGAAUACCUGAUGCCCAGUUACUGCUUGCUGCCUCCGCACCCAGAGAGCUUCAUAGGGAAGAAAGUCCAAGAGUCGGUCACAGAGAAAGGUGUUGAGGCUGAGUACGCCGAGCGAUUGAACGAGGUGAAGGAUUACUGGGUGGAGGUAGAGAAGAACGAUAUCCAACCGAUCCUGGAUAGCUUGGAUCCCGAAACUCGAGAGGCAGUAAGGCAACGCAUGCACUCGGUGGACCCUGCAGUCAAAGCAGCGAAGCGGCAGGCUAAGGAAGAGGCUGCGGCGGCGGCCGUCGACAGCGCGACUGCGAAGACCGAAACGAUGAUACCAGAAUCAAUAGGUUCUGGAGCACAAGACACCUCCAUGACUGAGCUUGAGACAAACGCCGCUGGGGCCGCCGACAGCUCAAGCCUUGGUGCAGAGCUAGCCACGGCACCUGUAGCGUCCGCGGCGGUAGAAACACCAAUGGAAGAUGGGCCAGAUACGACAAAGCCGAAGGAGUUGAGCCCAGUUGAUCGUGCGCUGAAGGAGAUCAAAGCGGCGUAUGUCGCCGCCAAACGACGUUAUCGAGCGACGCCUGAGCGGAUAUCACGACUGCAGGAGGCUCUCGAUCAGUACGUGGGCACGAAGAAUUACCACAACUACACCAUCCAGAAGUCUCACGCCGACCCUUCCUCCAAACGCCUAAUCAAAUCUUUCGUCGUGAACCCGGAACCUAUACAGAUCAACGAUACGCAGUGGCUGUCGUUGAAGGUCCACGGACAGUCAUUCAUGAUGCACCAGAUCCGCAAGAUGGUAGGCAUGGCCGUCUUGGUGACGCGAUGUGGCACGCCGCUUUCCCGCAUGGACGAGAGCUACAUGGCCACCCGUAUCAGCAUCCCCAAGGCGCCGGGCCUCGGAUUGCUGCUGGAGCGACCUGUGUUCGGAAACUACAACAAGAAGGCUGUCGAGAACUUGCAGUUGCAAGAGCUAGAUUUUGGGAACUACGAGAAAGAGAUUCAGGAGUUCAAGGAAUCGCAGAUCUACAACCGCAUCUUCGACCUGGAGGAGAAGGAGAACUCGUUUCACACCUUCUUCCACCAGAUCGACAACUUCAAGUCCGACUACUUCUUAUGGGUUACGGCCGGUGGCAUUGACGUAGCGCACAACCGAGUCGGAAUCCGAGAGCCUAUACCCGAAGAACUGGAAGCGGAACUGGGCGAUGAAGGAGAGGAGGAAGAUCCGGAAGGUCGCGAGGGUUAG